GUCGUAGGAGAUCAAGAUGGACGAACGUUGCCGGUGGAGCGGCUUACCCAGAGCUAAGCGCCCGCGUAAACCUUUUCCAACUGAGUCUGCCGGGUGAUGUUCAAUCAACCCCCGAACUCG